UGUUGUUUAUUCAAAGAAGAGGAGCUUAAAAGAAAAGGUGAAAAAAUUGAGGCAGGUGAAGCUUAAACGCAAUGAGCUCUGGCAUCUGCUCAAUUUCAUCUCUUCAAACUCUACAAAAUCUUCAAUUCUCCAUAAACCCAGAAAUCUUUUUGCUUUGUUUUUGUAUUUGAGCUGUUUAAUUUUGCUUAAUUUCCAUGGAUGCUGCAGUUUAUAAUCCAUCUUCAUUCAUUACUACUUGUAAUAAACGUUCGUAUCCAGGCGUUUAUACUCGUCAAUUAGGAAUACCCAUUAAGCUAUCUGCUAAUAACCUUCGUUACUCUUGUGGGGUUGCGUCAAAUUUUGUUCUUCCUUACAAUUCGAGGUGUAAUUUUAGGAAUGGGAUUUGUUUAUCUGUUAAAGGAGGUAAAGGGGAGUUUCAGAAUGCUGAAGAUUCUUCUGGGUCGUGCUUGAAAAUACCAUUUAUGCAUUUCCUGCUGAAAAAAGGGGUGAUUUUGGUUGGGGUGAUAUGUGGGGUUUUCAUAAUUGGGUGCAGAAGAGUGUUUGCUGUUGAAGGGGUUUUAAAUGGGGGAUAUGGUGUUUUAGAGCAGGGUUUGGUUUUGUUGAGGAGUUAUUGGCCUACGGUUUUGUUGGUUCUCAGGAUGUUUAAAGAACAAGGUUUGAUUCUUGCGGCUCUUCUUAGUCUUUCUGCAUUUUUUUCAAUGGCUGAGACAUCAAUAACUACGCUUUGGCCGUGGAAGGUACGAGAGUUAGCUGAAAAAGAAUCUGACAAUGAAGGAGUCUUCAAAAUGUUGAGAAGUGAUGUUACUCGAUUCCUUACAACUAUACUCAUUGGAACAACCGUUGUCAAUAUUGCAGCUACAGCAUUAGUUACUGAGGCUGCAACUGCGGCAUUUGGUGAAGCCGGUGUGAGUGCAGCAACUGGAGUUAUGACGGUUGCGAUCCUGCUCCUAACGGAAAUUACUCCAAAAAGUAUUGCUGUUCACAAUGCCACAGAAGUUGCUAGGUUUGUGGUUAGGCCAGUUGCAUGGCUUUCCUUGAUACUAUAUCCAGUUGGAAGAGUUGUGACAUAUCUAUCAAUGGGAAUGCUAAAACUCCUCGGCUUGAAAGGAAGAAGUGAACCAUAUGUCACUGAGGAUGAAUUGAAGUUGAUGCUGCGUGGGGCGGAGUUAAGUGGCGCAAUUGAGGAGGAAGAGCAGGAUAUGAUUGAAAAUGUGUUGGAGAUUAAAGAUACUCAUGUCAGGGAGGUAAUGACACCUCUUGUUGAUGUUGUUGCAAUCGAUGCCAGUGCAACGUUAGUUGAUUUCCAUAGUUUGUGGGUGACACAUCAGUACUCCAGGGUGCCCGUUUUUGAGCAACGUAUAGAUAAUAUUGUUGGCAUUGCAUAUGCCAUGGAUCUCCUAGAUUAUGUACAAAAGGGAGAACUGCUGGAAAGUUCUAUUGUGGGAGAUAUGGCACAUAAACCUGCAUACUUUGUUCCCGAUUCUAUGUCAGUGUGGAACCUUCUUAGAGAGUUCCGCAUCAGAAAGGUACACAUGGCUGUUGUUCUUAAUGAAUAUGGAGGAACCAUUGGAAUUGUAACCCUUGAAGAUGUGGUCGAGGAAAUUGUUGGUGAAAUCUUUGACGAAAAUGAUUCAAAAGAGGAAAUCCAGAAAAAAACUGGCUAUAUUGUCAUGCGGGCUGAGGGAAUAUACGAUGUUGAUGCAAAUACCUCCAUUGACCAGCUCUCUGAAGAUCUCAAUAUUAAAAUGCCAGAGGACCAUCAAUAUGAGACGGUCUCUGGUUUUGUCUGCGAAGCAUUUGGAUAUAUCCCAAGGACAGGUGAGACGAUUAAGCUUAUACUGGAAAGGGGAAAUGAAGACGAGGACAACAAUUACAAUGACACAGAAUCUGAUCGAACAGACCACAACGAGAAGAACCAAACUUUUAAGCUUGAGAUAUUAGCAGGGAAUGCCAGAAAAGUUAGUGCUGUUCGAUUUGAACGGAUCAAUGACGAUGUAGAAGUAGAGACAAGUGAGGUAACACGACUCGUUCCAAAAAUUAUGACUAGGAAGAGGAAGAGUAACGGAGGCUCAGAUAGAAGCAACCACGACGAAAUCUCUUUUAUGGAGAGGAGAGAUGAGGAUGACAAUUCCAACAAUUUUGUUAUGGCUGAACGUGAGGACAACCUUGAUGUUGCAGAUAAACAAUAGUUGCAUGAAUUAUUACAUUUUUUUUUUACUUAAAUUUGAAUGUAAAUCACGCAUCUUAGUCUUUUGAUAGUGUUCGAUUUCCAAAAAUGAAAUGAAAAUGUUACUUAUGAAACUUAUUUUUUGCUACUUUCG